ACAUCAUUGAUAGUAGCGACGGAGAUAUAGCUCCUGCAGUCAAGUACUUGUUUCAAAUGUCAUACCUGAGAAGUGGAUUUGUGAAAUUUCUUCGAGAUCAAAAACACCCAAAGGCAGAUAAGGUUGUGAAGCUGAAGGAAGAAGUGGUUAAAAUGCAUUGGAGAAACAAGAAAAACAAAACCAAUGAGGGAGUUUAUUUGAUGAGGCACAUGGAGACAUUUUAUGGUGACACAGCAUGGGAGUGUGGAUUAGAUAAACAAAGUGAAAAACCAAUUGAGAUGCUGCGGAUUAAGUACUUGCAUGCAAUAGUAACAUCUGAUAAGAAUGAGAUCAAGAAGAACAUCAUGGAACAAGUGAAGAAACACAAUGUGUAUAUCUAGAAGAUUUGUAAUGCUAUUGAUGAUUGUGGGCGUUGAUGAACAUAUUGUUGUUUUUUAAUUCAUGCUAAACAAUAUUAGUAUUUGGGACAUAUGAUAUUACUAUUAAGCUUGGAUGACAGUA